AUGCGUACUUUCUUGUUUUGUGCUGUAGUCGCUUUCGUUGUAGCAGUGUUCCAAGUGGAUGCUCAAGUUUCCGGUGGAGUUGAGGCACCACCUGGAAUAGUUGAUGGUGCCAUAAAAGGUGGCAUCGGUGGGAAAAAUGGACUAGCAGGUGGAUCCGCUGGAGGUGGUGCAGAUUUACCUGUAGUAGGAAGUGGUAGCGGUGGAGCUGCUGGAAAAAUUGGAGAGAACGGUGUACAAGGAGGUGAGGGAGUCGGUUUAAGUGGACCUGUAAAAGGAGGCGUUGGAGCCAGUGGAACGCUUGCUGAUAUUAAAGAUGGUAAGGUCGUAGAUGGAAAAAUUGGAGCCUCUUUAGGAGAUGCAGAAGUUACAUUAAAGCCUAAUGUUUAG